ACACACAACUCCCUCAGCAUGUACGGAGGCGGUGUCCUGUGCCCGUCGCCUUCGACGGCGACCGGGUUCUACAAUCCGCGCGGUCAGGGAUCGGAAAUCGGUGCCCUAGAGCUGGGAUUCCCCCGGGGGAUGGCUCUGGUGCCUCCACCGCCGCACGGUGCUUGGCGAGAUCCAACCUCACUUGGAUCGCACCUUCCAGUGUCCAGCACCAGCGAGGACAUCACAACCCUCGGCGGUAGCGCUCCGUCGAACGUUUCGUCAAUGCAAUCCAACACUUCGGUAGACAAGAAAGAUUUCAUAUCGUCCUCGGUAUCCGGUACCGGAUCGCAGCACAACGCUAGCAGUUUAGCGGUUUCUCAACACUCUUCCGUCGAGAAGAAGGAGUUCUUGUCAUUGCAGCAAAGCACCACUCCGGGAUCUCAGAGUAUGAACUCUCAGAACGGAAGCCAACAGGACAUCAAAAAUCAAAACAUCGAAUGUGUCGUCUGUGGCGAUAAAAGUUCCGGCAAACACUACGGACAAUUCACAUGUGAAGGUUGCAAAUCAUUCUUCAAACGAUCGGUUCGGAGAAACCUGACCUAUUCGUGUCGCGGAAACCGAAACUGUCCGAUCGACCAGCACCACCGGAAUCAGUGUCAAUUCUGUCGUCUACGAAAGUGCCUCAAAAUGGGAAUGCGACGCGAAGCUGUGCAACGAGGUCGCGUUCCGCCGUCGCAACCUCCAGGGCUCCCGUACGGUCAGUACUCGAUACCAAACGGUGAUGCCGUCGCCGGAUUCAAUGGGCACUCGUACCUUAGUUCCUACAUCUCGUUACUGCUCCGAGCGGAACCAUACCCCACCUCUCGGUACGGGCAGUGCAUGCAGACCAACAACAUUAUGGGCAUCGAUAAUAUCUGCGAACUGGCAGCCCGGUUAUUGUUCUCCGCCGUCGAGUGGGCCCGAAAUAUACCCUUCUUUCCGGAUCUCCAAGUGACCGACCAAGUUGCGUUGCUACGGCUAGUGUGGUCUGAACUGUUUGUGCUGAACGCCUCCCAGUGUUCGAUGCCGCUGCAUGUGGCGCCCCUGCUGGCAGCUGCCGGUCUACACGCAUCGCCUAUGGCCGCCGAUCGUGUGGUCGCGUUCAUGGACCACAUUCGGAUAUUCCAGGAACAGGUGGAAAAGCUGAAGGCGCUGCACGUAGACUCGGCCGAGUACUCCUGUCUAAAAGCAAUAGUCCUAUUCACAACAGAUGCCUGCGGUCUGUCGGAUGUGGCCCACAUCGAAUCGCUGCAGGAAAAGUCCCAGUGCGCUCUGGAAGAGUACUGCCGGUCCCAGUAUCCCAACCAGCCCACCCGCUUCGGUAAACUGCUGCUAAGGUUACCCUCGCUGCGGACAGUUUCUUCGCAGGUGAUAGAGCAACUGUUCUUCGUUCGGUUAGUGGGUAAAACGCCAAUCGAAACGUUAAUCCGGGAUAUGCUACUGUCUGGUAGUAGUUUUUCUUGGCCUUACCUACCUUCGAUGUGACACACGGCUGUGUGGCGUCAAUUGACAACGACCUGAUCUUCACUGAUGAUGGGCGGCACGUCGUCCACGGUAGUGGCCGCAGCAGC